AUGGAAUGGAAUAGGUUGUUCAUGCUGUUGGAUUCUUAUGAGAAAGCAUCGGGACAAAAAUUGAAUAAGGACAAAAGUUCCAUCUUUUUCAAUAAGAACACUCGAGAGGCUACAAAAGAGGUCAUCAUCAACAUAGAAAGUGUAAAGGCCAUAACCUCGUAUAAGAAGUAUUUGGGCCUCCCAGCACUAGUGGGGAAAUCAAGAGCCAUCACUUUCAGGAGCUUAAUAGACAAGGUGAAGGACAGGUUGAGGAAUUGGAAAACCAAGUUCCUCUUUCAGGCAGACAAGGAAAUCCUUAUCAAGGCAGCGGUGCAAGCUAUUCUCACUUACAGCAUGCGUCUCUUCAAAAUUUCCAAGCAGUUGUUAUGUGAUGAGCUCAACAGAUGCAUGAGAAACUACCAGUGGGGACAGCAAGCUCAAGAGCACAAGAUACAUUGGCCAAACAAGGGUAGAGGGAUCCAUCCUCCAUUGCUACACAGGUACUUAAGGCCAAAUACUUCCCAGCAACAGAUUUCCUCAAAGCCAAAUUGGGGAGUAAUCCCUCUUAUAUUUGGCAAAGCAUUCUCAAGACUCGACCUCUUCUUGAAGAAGGACUUAUAUGGCAUAUUGGAAAUUGGUAAAGAAUGGAAGGAGGCUCUUGCGAAUAUCACUUUUAAUGCUGAAGAAGCUGCUCUCACCAAAGCCAUUCCAAUUAGUGCUUGCAAUAAGCCUGAUAAAUUAAUCUGGAGAUGCACUACUUCAAGAACAUUUACAGUUGAGAGUGCAUAUCACCUCAGUGGGGAGAUACAUGAUCGGAUGAAAGGGCAGUCCUCAACUUCACACACUAAGCAAGAAGAGUGGACCAAACUUUGGCAUCUGCAAGAAUUGGUGCCAUCGUUCGUGACUGAGAAGGAAGUGUCAAAUUACCCUGAUUCCUUUUUAGCCGAAGCGGCAACUGCUCUCCAAGAAUCUCUGUUUUGUCAAGAUUUGGGUUUCAAAAAUAUUAUCCUAGAAGGUGAUAUUUUGCAAGUUGUUAAAAGCAUUAACUGCAAUGAAGAGAUUGGAACCAAUGUUGGUAUGAUACACGAUCAGUUCUGA